CAAAUCCUCAUGCUUGAGCAUUAUUUCUUGUUCUUUGCUUGUUCAUCUCAGAAAACCCAACAAUGGUGAGAAAAUGGGUAGCUUUCUCUCUCAUUUUUUUAGUUCUCUUUAGUGGGUUAUCAUCAGUUUCUGCCACCCCUCCUGCAAAAAUUGUAACUUCUAUUGUCUCAAAUGUUGUCUCUGCCCUUGUGAAAUGGUUAUGGUCUCUGAAAUCAACACCCAAAACAACUGUUUCUAGCCGUUCCAUGUUGAAAUUUGAAGAUGGGUACACUGUGGAGACACUGUUUGAUGGAAGUAAGAAUGGAAUUGAACCAUACUCUGUUGAGUUUUCCUCUAGUGGGGAGCUCUUGGUUUUGGAUUCUGAGAACAGUAACAUUUACAGGAUCUCCAUGCCAUUGUCUCGAUAUAGCAGACCUAAGUUGGUUGUGGGAUCAACUGAAGGGUACACUGGACAUGUGGAUGGUAAGCUAAGAGAAGCAAGAAUGAACCACCCCAAAGGGCUUGCAGUGGAUGAUAGUGGAAAUAUAUACAUUGCAGAUACAAUGAAUAUGGCUAUCAGGAAGAUCAGUGAUACAGGAGUCACAACCAUUGCUGGAGGAAAACGGAGCCGAGGAGGAGGGCAUGUUGAUGGUCCAAGUGAAGAUGCAAAAUUCUCAAAUGAUUUUGAUGUGGUUUAUGUUGGAAGUAGCUGCUCUCUUCUGGUUAUAGAUAGAGGAAACCAGGCAAUUCGUGAGAUCCAACUUAAUGAAGAUGAUUGUUCCCAUCACCAUCAGUAUGAUGGCAGUUUUCAUCUAGGCAUGGCAGUGCUUGCUGCAGCUGGAUUCUUUGGUUACAUGUUGGCCUUGCUGCAGCAAAGGGUGCAAGCAAUGUUUUCUUCUCGUGAUGACCCAGGAACUUUAGUGCAUAGAAGUACAAAAGUGGCACCAUAUCAGAGGCCUCCAAAAUCAGUCAGGCCUCCUUUAAUUCCUAGUGAAGAUGAACAUGAAAAGCCAGAAGAGGGCUUAUUUGGUUCAAUUGGGAGACUUGUCCUCAACACUGGCUCAUCUGUGGCUGAAAUAUUUGGGGGAUUGUUUUCUGGCUCCAAGAGGAAGCCCUACUAUUAUCAAUUUCAGCAUCAAUAUCAGCAACAGGCUAUACGUCCUAAUGGGUGGCCUAUGCAAGAGAGCUUUGAGAUUCCUGAUGAAGACGAGCCACCAUCCAUAGAAACCAGAACACCCACUCCAAAUAGAACCUACCCCUUUAUGACCAAAGACCUUGAGACAAAGCACCAUAUGAAGCAAAACGGGGCAUACUAUAAUGGAUGGGAUGUUGGAUAUCAGCAACAGCAGAAAAUGCAAAUGCAGAUGCAGCAGCAUCAGCAUCAGCAGCAGCACCAACAACAUCAACACGACCAUCAUCGGCAUUAUUCAUCAAACCUGCAAACUUAUUAUGAGAAGAGCUCUGAAACAAAUGAGAUUGUUUUUGGUGCAGUUCAAGAGCAGGAUGGAAGGCGUGAAGCUGUUGUGAUGAAGGCUGUAGACCAUGGGGAUCCCCGAUACAGUCAUAAUAACAUCCGACCCCGAAUCAAUUACAUGGGUUACUCCCAUGCCUAUUGAUCAUAAUCCACCGCUGCAUAUCGAACAUGGACGAUGGAAGAGGCCAUACAACUCGUUUGUUUCCUUGUCCGAGAAGAAAUAUCCAGUUUCAAAGUUCUUUCCUGGUAAAAGAAUGUGGUAUGUACUUAGUUCCUUUUUGAGCAGAACUUAAAGAGUGGUAAAUUACUGACAUAAUAUUUCUAGAUAUAUUUGUACUAAAUCAAAUAUCAAACAGAAGUUCAGGAUGCAGAAUCAUGAUCCGCUAUAGGGUUUGUCUCUAAGUUUUUCAAUUAAGAAAGAUACGAGCAUGUU